AAGUAUAAGAAGCCCAUUGUGCUACAGCACUUCGACCACAACAAGCAAUCUUCACUUGUGCUUGACUUGAAACUUCCCUUUACACCCUACGUACAGCAAACAUGCAACUCAAAUUCCUCUUCCUCUCCGCUCUCCCCACUCUUGCCCUCGCGCAGGGCUCACCAGGCAGUCCCGACUUCUACAACACCGUCGCCGACAUCUUCUCCGGACGUAACUGCGAUGCCGCCACCUUCGUCUGGGCGGAUCCCAUUUUCGGCACUGGCGGCACUUGUCAGCUUCUGGAUCGGAAUAACAACACGCCGGAUAUAUACAGUUAUAGGAUUACUUCUCAGUACCCAGGGUGCUCUGUCAACUUGUAUGUCACGGACGAUUGUUCGGGGACUGCGUUUCCGGCGUCUGUGGGCGAGUGCGUUUCGGCUCCGCAGGGGACUCCGUUUGUGAGGGCUUUCGUGCAGUGUCCGUUUUCGUGAGUGGUGGAGGGGCUAUGGGAUGGUGGUCUCAGUCGAGGUCGUGCACUGCGAUGAAUACUUGGAUGUGCAUGGACUACGGACAGUUUUAGAGUAGAGUCAAGUGCAUAUGUACUCAAAACUCACGUGUGUAGACCUUGGAACAUCGUAUUUGCCUCAUGCAACAGCAUAGUCUUGCAACUUACAGAACGACGGCCUAGGUAGCGG